UCACUGUGAAUUACAUUUCAAGAUCGAGAACUCCUAUAUAAAUAUGAGAACUAUAUUUUGGUCCCAAUUUCAUAGCAUAGAAGAACAGCUUUAAUUAGCCGAAGAUGGAACUACCAAAAUCUCAUAUAAUUGCUAUUCUUUUGUUGAGGGGCAUAUCUUUACUUUUCCUAUUACUAUCAUUCGUAAUCCUUCUUAACAAUGGUAAUACCUAUAAAGAAAAUGGCCGAGAUUAUUUCUUCGUCAAGGUUGAAAGCUACAGCUACAUGUUUGCUGCAAGCAUCAUUGGCAUUGGAUGUACCAUUUUGCAAACAAUUGCAUUUGUAAUCUUCCAAAUCGUGAUGGAGAGCCACAAAUUCAUUAUAUUUGAAUUUUAUGGUGACAAGGUUAUAUCGUACUUAUUACUCAGUGCAGCAGCAGCAGGGCUUGGUGCUAGCAUAGAUGUAGAGUCACACUUAAUUGAUAAAUCAAACGAUCAUUUCAACAACUAUCUAAGUAAGGGAUUUGCUGCAGCUAACCUCUUUCUCCCAGCAUUCGUAUGCACCUCCACAUUGUCAAUUCUCUCUUCCUAUGCAUUGGCAAAGAAAGUUUAGUUGUUGUAUUGAAUAUGCUAGUGAUGCAUAUUAUUUUUUUUUUUUUGGAGAAUGAAGUGAUGCAUAUUAGUUGAUUAAGUGGAAGAUAGUUUUUAAUACUCUAUGUUAUUAAUCUUUUAUAAUAUAGAGUAUAAAAUAUUUUAUAACACCAACCUCAUUAUAAAAUAUUUUGUUUUCAUUA